AUGUCCAACCCAGCGUCAGAAAUUCUAGAUAAUUAUGUCGAGUUAAAAUAUAAUAAAAAUGAAGAAAAUGGCAAUUCAGAACUUAUUGUAACCACCAACACUAUUACUACUGCUGCUACAGAUGAAAAUGAGAGAACAUCAUUACCUUCAUCUCCUAUUUCUGAUGCAUAUUCUAUAAAUCAUUUGGAUUUAGAUGAAAAUGAUAAUAACAAUAAUCCAGAAGUUGAAUCAACUUUUCAAAAUAUAGAAGAAGCUUCUACAUACUGUCUUGGCAAAAGAGCUUUAUUUUGUAGUAUACAUUUUAGGAACAAUAAUAAUAAGGUUUGGGAAGUAUCAACACCAUACUUUAUUGAAAAAUCUAUAACCAAUAAAGUUUUUCUAUUAAAACAUGCAGAAGCAGUAAAACAAUUCAAUAUUCAAAAUAUUUCAAAUAAUUGUUUUGAUCAAGGUGAAUUUGAUCGUUGGCGAAUAACAAUGAAAGUUGCCAAGUUACGAAUGCCUUCUUUUGAAGAUAUUCAAAAGAAACAGUUGCAGAUAAAAGAUGCAAAUGAACAUAAUCUUACACAUCAGGAAGUUGAUGAAAUGGUUAAAAUCAAGAAAGAAUUGAGGAAUUCUACAUUUUUGAAAAAUUUGGAUUCAAUAUUACAUGAUGAUACACUUGAUAUAAAACUUGAACCGACAGAUCCUAAUUAUAGGUUUCGAAAAGCCAUCAAUAGAAAGAUGAAAAAACUAGAAAAAUUACUUUAUAGUGCUGAUAUUGAUAUGAGACUUGUACCUGAUCCUAGAUAUGAAAUAGUUAGAGAACUUGUAGAAACAGAAUAUGAAAAAAAAUAUGAAAAUUUUCGAAGAACAAUAAUUUAUUAG